GCGGAGCCCGUUGGCCAGGAGUCUCGGAGACCCCAGCCCCGCUGCGUCCCGAUGCAGCUCGGGGGGAGCAGAAGACUGAGACCUGCACAUGUUGAGUGAUAUGCUCCAGGUACCUUAGUUUGUGCAAAUCAGAACCCAGCCCAGCCCUCUGUCAGCCGCCGCGAGAUCUGAAGGAGUGCUUGAUCAGAAUGGCUGUGGGAUGGUUUUACCUGUCCUGCCUGGCACUGGGGUCUCUGGGCUCCUUGUGCAUCCUCUUCACUGCCUAUUGGAUGCGGUACUGGCGUGGUGGCUUUGCCUGGGAUGGCACCGUGUUCAUGUUCAACUGGCACCCGGUGCUCAUGGUUGCUGGCAUGGUGGUGCUGUAUGGAGCUGCCUCGCUGGUGUACCGCCUGCCCCAGUCGUGGGUGGGGCCCAAGCUGCCCUGGAAACUCCUCCACGCGGCCCUGCACCUGGCGGCCUUCACCCUGACCGUGCUGGGGCUGUUCGCCGUCUUUCAGUUUCACCAGCAUGGAAACAUCGCCAACCUCUAUUCCCUGCACAGCUGGCUGGGCAUCACCACUGUCUUCCUCUUUGCCUGCCAGUGGCUCCUGGGCUUUGCUGUCUUCCUGCUGCCUUGGGCGCCCACGUGGUUACGCUGCGUCCUGAAGCCCGUCCACGUAUUCUUUGGAGCGUCUGUCCUCUCUCUGGCCAUUGCGUCCGUCAUUUCCGGCAUUAAUGAGAAGCUUUUCUUCAGCCUGAAAAAUGCCACCCAGCCGUACUCCAGCCUGCCCAGCGAGGCUGUGUUCGCCAACAGCAUUGGGAUGCUGGUGGUGAUCUUCGGGCUGCUGGUGCUCUAUAUCCUCCUGGCUUCCUCUUGGAAGCGCCCGGAGCCUGGGAUCCUGACGGACAGACAGCCCCUGCUGCAUGAUGGGGACUGAAGCAGGAAAGGGCGCCAGGAGCAGCCGGACGCCCCCAGAAGCUCCGCUCUGCCAGGGGCUCCAUCGACGUGGGUCUGGACCCACACGGCUCCUCUCCUUGCCUCGCCCUGCUGGGCCGCUCUCUGUCCCAGCUUGCUGCUGCCACCUGCUUUUCUCUGUAGCUUUGGCCUCUGCACCCCUUUUUCUUGGCAUCAGCCUCUCCCAUUCUGCACGUCCACCAGGACCUCUUUGCCCUGGCCGCUCAGGCCGUCUGAAGAAACCAAGCUGACUCCCCGAGGCCCCUGGGGGUCUGGCUGAGUCUGGUGAGCCAGGGCACAGUUGUGGCUGUGUGAACGGCCAGGGUUUGGCCUGCAGGUGUGGCUUCCAUUUAGGCCUCCUGCCCCCGGGCCCGCAGGAGCAGGCUGGCCUGUUAGGUUCCUGCAGCCUGGCCGUAGCUGAGCAGAAGGGGUACUCAGCAGUGGAAUGGGGGGUAGGGAGUGGCUCUACCUCUUUUAGCCGCUGCGACAGCUGGGGCCUGGGCCUGGCCUUCCCGUCCUCGCAGCCCUGCCAACCCUGGCAACCUGCUGUCCCACGCGGGACCGCCCGGCCCCAGCUGUCCCGAUGGACUGAGCAGCAGGGCAGCCGUCCCCUCCCGCCUGCCUGGGCAGUGUCCACCUUGCUGUCCUGGCAGGGCCUCGCCAGCUCGGUUGGUGUUUUGCCCAGCAGAGCCCAAGGAGCCAUCACCCGUGGAGGUGUUCCCUGCCGGGCAGCUCGGUGCCUCGCCUGCCGCCAUGCUUGCCCGACCCGGUGGCUCGCCUCCCGCGGAGAAACGGGCAGGCGGAGUCCCGCUGCUCCCCCCGGGUGGGGCUGUGCUUCCCUAGCUCUCCUAGAGCCCGCAGAGCCGGGCUCCACACGGCCGCAGAGCCCGAGUGGCGAGCCCGGGGCCGGAGCCUGGGUGCCGUAGCCCGAGGCUGACGCAGCCCAAGCCCGCGUGGCCAGCGUUGUUAGGAGGACCCUGCUGGAAGCUGCGGCUGGGUGCAGGGCGCUGAGCCAUCGGCAUGACCGAUUACCUUGGUCACGUGGCCACUUCCCCCUUCCCAUGUGGAUGGGCAGCUCACUUGCUCAUGAAGCUCGAUUUGCAUUAAACGUGAUUUUAA